AUGUCGUCGUACAUCUACUUCCGAGUCACGGGCAAUGUCCAGGGUGUGAUGUUCCGCAAGAGUACGCUGCAGCAGGCGCACGAUCUCAACUUGCGUGGCUGGGUCCGUAACGAGCCCGAUGGCUCGGUGUCGGGCGAAGCUGCCGGCCCGACUGAGCAUGUCCAGCGUCUUCGUGACUACCUGCAUGUCGGCCCACGCCAGGCUCAGGUGGAGAACGUCGAUGUGAUGUUCAUCAAGCACCAUGAUAUUAGCACGUCAACCUUGCCCAUGCCGUUCGAGAUUCGCUCGUAA